AUGAUCAGCAACGCAGCUCUCAGAUUCGCGCUCGUGUUCGCCGCCGCGGGCGCGCUCGCGCCGGCAUCGAUCCACCUCGCGCGCCGCACCGGCGCGCUGCGGUCGACGGCGACGGCGACAGCACCAACGACCACAGCGACGACGCGCACGGCGCGCAUCCUCGAGCACCUCGAGGCCGAGGGCGACGGCGCCGGCGCGGGCGCGUCGGGCACGCUCCGCGGCAUCGAGGGCCUGGACCGCGCGUGGGCGCAGCUCCGGCGGCCGACGGGCGGCCCGGCGCCGGCGCCCUUCGUCACCGAGGGCGACGUCGGCGCCGCCGCGCCGGAGUUCGACGUCGUCGUCCUCGGCGGCACGCUCGGCGUCUUCGCCGCGGCCGCGUUCCAGAAGCGGGGCCUCAAGGUCUGCGUCGUCGAGCGCGGCCCGCUCGUGGGCCGGAACCAGGAGUGGAACCUGUCCCUCGACGAGGUCUACGACCUCGUCGAGGCCGGCGCGCUCGAGCCCGGCGACGUCGACGGCGCCGUCGGCGUGCGCGCGGGCUUCAACGACCGCGAGGUCGGGCCGACGGGCUCCGGCGGCGCGCUCCAGGAGGUCUGGCUCCCGAGCGUGCUGAACGUGGGCGUGCGGCCCGACGUCGCCGUCGCGCGCGCGCGGAAAAACCUCGAGGCGCGCGGCGGCGUCGUCCGGGAGCGGACGGCCUGCGAGGGCGUCAGAGUCGGGGCCGGGUGCGCCGUCGUGGCGCUCGCGGGGGGCGAGACCAUCGCGGCGCGGCUCGUCGUGGACGCCAUGGGCAACGCGUCGCCGAUCGCGCGGCAGGCGCGGCGCGAGGCGAACGACGGCGCGGACCCGAAGCCGAGCGGCAUCUGCUGCGUCGUGGGCACGCUCAUGCGCGGCUUCGACGCCGACAACAGCUUCGGCGACCUCAUCUACACGAACGAGGACGCGCGCGUCGGCGGGCCGGACCGCCAGUACUUUUGGGAGGCGUUUCCGGCGAUGUCGGUCGGCGCCGACGCGCGGACGACGUACCUCUUCACCUACAUGGACGCCGACGAGCUGCGGGAGCACACGGUCCUGGACCAGUUCGAAGACUACUGGGACAUGCUGCCCGCGUACCAG